UGGACCUAACCUUAGGUUACUGACAUGUCAUUAAAUUACAAAAGCAAAAAAUUUAAAUUAAUAAUUAAAUAAAUAAAGUUUCUUCAAUUCUAUCUGCGAUUUGUAUCGCCUUGUCUUUAUCUAUGUGUAUCGCACUGGAGUAGUAGAGCAGUACUUUUGCUCUCUUUCAGUUCUUAUCAACAGUAUUAGGAAAUUGUUAACUAUUUCAAAGUUUAGUGAGAAUGGCCACAAAAUUGUUUAAGUCCCUUAUUUUGGGUGCCCCUGCUUCCGGCAAGGGAACAAUAUCAGCUAGAAUUGUUAACACCUUCAAUUUGGAGCAUGUCUCUAGUGGGGACAAGUUGAGGCAAAACAUUCAAAAUAAGACUCCAAUUGGCUUGGAAGCCCAAAAAUACAUAAAAGAAGGGAAGCUGGUUCCAGAUGAAGUUAUGAUCAAAUUCAUAUCUGAAGAGCUAAAUAAAAUUCGCCCAGUGUGGCUUCUUGAUGGUUUCCCAAGAACGGUAGCUCAAGCGAAGGCCCUCUGGGAAAUUUACAGACUUGACGUUGCCCUCAAUUUGGUAGUUCCAUUCCCUGUUAUUAUUGAUAGAGUGAAAGGCAGAUGGGUUCACCUGCCCAGUGGAAGAGUAUACAAUGAAGGUUUCAACUCACCCAAAGUGCCGGGAAAGGACGAUGUGACUGGGGAGCCGCUCAUUCAACGAGAGGACGAUAAACCGGAGGUUGUUCAAAAAAGACUUGAGCAAUACGAUCAACUGACCAGGCCAGUCAUUGAAUUUUACAGAGAUAAAGGAAUUUUGCAAGAAUUUUCCGGUAACACAUCAGAUGAGAUCUGGCCCAAAGUGCUCGAUUCAUUGGCAACGUUUACUCCAUUGGAUAUUUCCAAGGAAAACAUUUAGUUUGACGUUUCUAUUCGUGCCAAUUACAUACUUUUUAUAUUGAGAUUUUACGUAAAAUGUUUUGCAAUAAAUACAUUAUUUUAUUAA